CUUUAUUCCAUUUUCUAUGAAUAAGUGUUUCGGUUCGUACUCGUUUACGUGUCUGACAUUUUCGGUCGUGCUUCGAGUCAUACGUAUGCUGCCUCGUGCAUAUUUACGUACGUCCACCUGUCGCUCGUUUCAAAGCGUAUAAUUUCGCACGUCAAUAUUUAUUUUUGAAAUUGAAGAUUACAACAACUUGCGUCUUUUCUCAUCAUUCACAGCAGGGAGAGCCUCCCGUUGCAUUCGUUCAGAAAAAGUACUUAUCGACCCCAAAAGUAACGUUUCUUUAUGUUUUUCUCUGCACGCAGUAAACUAUUUUCAUUUUGUUUGACGACCCGCAAGAUUUUGACUUUUCCUGGCUUGUAGUGUUUUACCACUAGUAUCACAUUCACAGUGCAACGACAACUCCGUUUAUCUUCUCAUCAACUCAGUUUCAGCGAUCGUCGCAGCUCUCAUGAAUCACACGACAACGAAAAUGCGGCGCUUUUUAUUCGUGGAAAAAGAAAGGCGACGUCGUGGAAAACUCCGCCAAGUGUCGUGAGCAGGCGUGGUACAACUUGUUGACGUCGUCGUCGUGGUGCCGGGUGGUCGUUUUCGGGAAGGACCUUCCUCCGGCGCUGGGCAUCGCUAGCAGAAAUCGAAUAGUAGAUAGUUCCAAGUCCUCACAGUGCUUAGGGGAGAACUACUCUGCUUUUUACACAAGAUAACCAAGAACUACCCUAUACCAAAGCAGUCCGUGUGCGUGAAGAAGUAGAUCCGGCGCAGAAUAGAACUUCGAGGACCAGCACGACCACUAUGUCGCCUCGUGGGGAGCGCACUGCGGCUGCGGGUGGUUCGGCCAAUUUUACCUACGGGUCUGUAAAAGUUGGUGGGUCCAGGUCCUCCAGGGCGAGCGGUUCCGGACAGCACCAGAAGCGGCCGGAGGGCUCGGCGAACCAGGCCACCCCCUCGUCCCUUUCUGCGCAGGGCAGCGGGAUCAUGCGGAGCGGCGUCGUCGGCUCCGCCGCGGCCCGUGACAGCGUCGAUGCCGGCGCCGGCUGCUGCCCCUGCUUGUGCGGGGGCGCAUCGGUGCCGUCGAAGAAGGACGAGCUGGCGCGGCUGGUAUGGAUUGCAAAUAUGUCUGGGUCUGGAAGAGUUGAACUCGUAAUGCUGUGCGUGGAUUCUAAAAAUAUCUGUGUUGCAUGAGCAGCAAGAGGAGUCACCUCUUGGCACGCGGAGAAGUCAUUUCUCAUGCGUAAUCAGCAUCAAGAAGCUCUCAAAAAAUCUGUAAUGCUAGCACCAGCAUCACAGACCUCACGGGCCAUGCAAAAUGUGCAUGACAAGCCCCGACUCUUCCAGACCCAGACAUUUUUGCAGUUGAUAGCUGGCGGCCAUGAACACUUCGCGGGUGGGCGCGCCCGUCGCGGCGGUGAAACAGUCCUACUCCGCCAUGCCGGUGGGGCAAGCGGCGCCGCAGGUGGGGUCGGGGAGCGUGAUUGCCUACCCCAACGCGGCGGAGCUGGCCACCCCAAACAAACAACCGGGAAGCGCGCCGGGGUCCGCCGCCGCCAACGCAGGAGGAGGUCCGAGUAGCACCAAUCCGGGCAGUGGGCCGGUCUUCAUCAACAAGGACCCGCCCAAGGGGGCGACGCCGGGAUCGCCGCACACCUCCGCGUUCCCCAACUCCGUGGCGACGUCGAACAAGCAGCCGAACAGCAAUUACGUGAUGCCGUCGAACUACUCGCCGCCGCAGUCUUCGGUGAAAUCCGGCGAUUCGUUUUUGUCCCUCUCGUCUAAGAACAACGCCCCGCCCACGGUCUACCAGCCCGUGGCGUUCCCCGGCCACGAGGAAAAUCGGGAGUCCGAGGGGAGCCGCGAGUUCCCGCGGUCGGACCUGUUCGACCCGGGGAGCCAGAUCAAGGGGCCAGGCAGCAUGGCCGCGCAGCCCUCCUCCACCCGGGAGGCGGCCAACGAGAUGAAAAAGAGCCAGAUCAUGCUCAAGGCCCAGCCGAGCGGCUUGCCCGCCGGGGGCGCGGCGGCGAAUAAAUCCGUGGGAGGCGGGGGGGCGCAGACGCAGCCGAGCUCCAAUUUUAAGCAGGAGGACUUUCUGACCACAACGGAGGAGGACAGCGACGACUGAGCAGGUGUUGGGAGGUCUUGUUCUGUUGUCACACAUUUAUCAUUGUCGAUACGAGGAAGACCUUGUGAUGAACACUGUCAACCGGAAAGAGAUGAAGAUGAGGAUGAAGUACAUCAGGCAAGCGGGUGCAGUCUACAGAAGAAGCUGUUUUUUUUUUUUGCACACAAUUAACAUUUUUGUUUUCAAUUCUAGAAUAAUAUCGGAUUUAUUUCUAGUGCAGACCCCAUACUAAUCCAAAGAGCAUCUGUAUCCCAAUGCGUCUCCUGAAAUAAAGUCUCAGUCCAUGUUUGACUCCUUCCUGAAAAGAAUUAACAUUUUGUCCUUUCGCAUUUUAUUUCAUGAAGGAAAACGAAAAGGCAUUCUGUUCUCAUUAAAGAAAUAAAUAUUCUUCACGAUCUCCCACCCCAACGAGAAAACCAAGCAUAGUAAUGCAACAAGUAAUUUUUUCUUUAGACCCUGGGCGAGACUAUGACUAAAGAUCACUUAAGUAGAAACAU